CGUAAUGAGCUUGCUGCAGAUGCAUGGUCCGCUAGCUUCCCUCCAUAAACACUGCGUAUAAGCGCAACGGCCAUGACGUACAUCGCACCUAUCAUACUUCUUUCAGACCGUGUUAUCGUAACAUCUACAUGUUCAUGAGAUGGACGUUCGGGAUAUCCGAUGACCUUUCUCUCGUAAGAAGCGAGCUUGCAUACGUCGAUCACCUAGGAUACUACGCUCCAUUAUAAAAAAAAAACCCCCUACGGCGUAUCGUAUAAACAGAGAACCAUACUAAAUCAGCUAUGAGAUGAUUCGGCUCUAUUCUGAGCACAGAGUUGCAAAAGUUACAUUUGUUGCACUUUGAGAAAAGCUCGAGACUCACUGCCAACCUCUCUUCACUUCAGGUGUCAUCAAUUGAGACUAGCAGCGGAUCCUACAUGUUACCCCACUUUUCCCCUGUUCUUGAUUGUUCGUCCCCCCUCGUCCCUCGUAGUAUACAUGCUUGUGCUUGAGCAUUUUGCUUCUGAUGAUUAGAAACUGUAGAUUUUUAGGUAAGAAGGUAAGAAGGUAGGCGAUAUAUGUACACUAAAGCUUUAUCGAAUUCAUCACAAUUCGACUACAUCAGAGAGAUUACACUGAUACAUGAUAUUGUAGGCUGUUGUAUUGAGACAUGCAUUCUCCCACUUUUUUUUUCCUGUUGAAUGUAGUUCAUGAUUAUACGAACAUGCGACACAUGGCAAGAUAAGACAAAGGACGCAGACGAUCAAUCCGUUGUCAGACAUAUAGCUUCACGCUCAUUCCAAGUGAUUUUAGAUGUCCUUGGCUGACCGGGAACCCCACUACUACUUACCUCUUUCGAACUGCUGCGGACUUCAAAGUGAGCUCCUCAAACUCCUAAACCCAAAUACACCGUUUCCUACUUCGUAACUAAUGGAUACCCCGCACCAAGAGAAUCUCCUUGCGGGGUUAUGGAACAAAACAGAACAGAUAGGACGGAAUCUUUUGCAGUCCCGCAAAGGGAAAAUCGAGGAUUUUGAAUAUGACCCUCUCCAAGGAGCAUCACAGAUCCGACUUCUCGACAUCUUGCCCGAGACUGAAGGAUCCGUCCUCCGCUGUUCUCUGUACGAUGCUGAUCUCGGGCGACAAUCCAGCCUACACCGCGCUUUCUUAUACUUGGAGUAAAGAUGUAUUUUUUCCGACGGAGAUGUUCAAAAGCGCCAAACGAGUUGCCAAGGCAUACUUGCAAGGCGAUGCAUUCAAUAUUGGUGAUAUUCUUGGGGGAGGCGAGCCUGAGACCUCCAAGACGAUUGUGUGUAAUGGGAUAAGCAUUGCUGUCCAGUCGAAUCUUUACGACGCUUUGCUGCAGCUGAGAAGGAGACGGCCGGGUACUUAUUGGAUCGACGCAGUGUGCAUUAAUCAGAGGUGAGUUU